AUGACGCUGGCCGAUGGAUCAAGCUAUAAGACCGGCAAAGUCGAGGGAUUGACCUGGCAAGCCAGCGGGGUGCUCACCCAUGGAUGUUCCAACAAUCCAGGCAUUGCCGACUGUUUCGGCAUGAUUUUAUCCUCCGACCCUAAUACUAAUCUUGAACCCGGCAACUGGAGCCCAAGACAGCGCGCCGAGCUGCACUUUCCGCCCCAGGCCGAUGGAUCGACCUAUACCUACCAGUGGAAGCACUUGCUUGCUCCAGGGACCGGCUCGACUUCCCACUUCUUUCAUCUAAUGCAAGUCUUCUCCACCAAGGAUGAUGGUCCGAUCCUGGCCCUGGAUGCUCAGCAAGAUACGAUUCGAAUUGACGACCAUAGCCGAAACUGCAACCCUUGCGGGCCAACUGUCGCUCUGGGUGCUUAUGAAGGAAGAGUAACGCAACAUCGUAUGGUCAUCACGAGUGGGAACAACGGCCGGAUCGAUUAUGACGUCACUGAUGGUUCAUCUACUCUCAUUUCUUAUUCUGUCACGGGCUAUAUGGGCUCAGGUACCUAUAUCAAAUUUGGUGUGUAUCGCGCGACGGAGGACAUCUCCACCGAUGUGACGGCCUAUGUCGGGGAUUUCUCAUCUUAUCAAUGA